UAUCCUAUGGGGUGGAAAUAGGCUUCCACAAGGUGCCAGGCUGCCCACAGCCCCCAUUAGCAGAUUCCAACAUUGAGGUUAAACGUUCGGAGGGAGCUGUUGGUGGAGUCACUGAGGGCUCUCACGUAGAGUCUACAAGAGGCUGAGGCUCUUUGAGCCACCACCAGACUCUGCUUCGGCCAGGACAAGCCCGGGAAUGCAUGCAGUCUGCAGCCCAGGACCUCAGCGGGCACAGCGCUGCUCGCUGUGGGAUCACCUCCAGUCCAGUCAGAGCCUGGGGCCAAGGCACACAGUGGGGGCUCUCCUGGGGCCCCUGCGGGGCCAGAGGCACCAAACGAGCCUGGAGUCACGGGAGGCGGUGCAGAUACCCGCAAGGGGAGUACCAUGCAAAGUUCUGGAGGAAAUGGAUGUAAUUAAGAGUUCCCAAUCAGUCUGUUACUGCUACAACCAACUUGCCCAAAUGGAAUGGAAAUACAUUUGGUCAACCAUCCAGGUGAAAAUUACCAGCUCAGACAUGCUCAGCAUUGUCUUUCCCAUAGAAGAACAUAAUUGUCAGCAUCCAGAAACUAUCCUUGCUUUUAUCAAGUGUACAAUUCAUAUCUUUGGGAAACCAAAGGAAUCUAAUGAUAUAACCAUUAAUAUUAAUCCAUAUAAGAAGUCCAUGUGUUUCUAUGUGAAGUCUGCCAAAAAAAUAUUUGCCUAUACAUUGAGGGUGAAUCGAAACAUUGUGGAUGCAAAACUCUUUCUUGUGUUUGUGAUAGGGAUAUUCCUGUUCUUUAAAGCAAAGACCUUGAGUAGGAGUACUGUUUUCUAUUAUUCUGCUGGAACUGUGCUGGGCAUUCUUAUGACCUUAGUCUUUUUCCUGCUGUUCAUGAGAAGAUACAUUCCCAAGUAUAGCACCUUUGGGGCCCUCAUGGUUGGUUGUUGGUUUGCUUCGUUUUACCUCGUAUGCCAGUUAAUGGAAGAAAUAAAGUGGCUCUGGUAUGAAAACAAAACGUAUAUAUUAGGCUACAUUCUGACCAUGGGAUCAAUCAGUUUUGCUGCCUGUUAUAGACAUGGGCCGCUUGUCAAAGAAAGGAGCAUAAAUGUCUUGAUGUGGACGCUGCGGCUUUUAUCCUUGGUCAUGGUUUACUUUGGCGUCACCACAGCCCAGGUUGCCUAUGCAGUGAUGGUUCUCCUGAUUUCUUCUCAGGGUCUACAUUAUCCAUUCAGAGCUUUCUUUUGUAUGGGCAGAAAAGUCAAGGAGUAUUAUCAAUCAAAGAGGCUGGUGAUCAAGCACAUUACUGAAGAAGAAUAUAGGGAGCAAGGGGAAAUCGAGACAGCCAAAGCGUUGCAGAGGUUGCGCGAGUUUUGCCACAGCGCAGACUUCCCAUCGUGGUUAACGGUAUCCAGACUGCAGUCCCCGAAAAGGUUUGCAGAGUUUGUUUUGGGAGCAAGUCACCUGUCAGCUGAAGAAGUCAGAGCCCAUGAAGAACAGUAUGGCCUCGGAGGCUGGUUCUUGGAAGAGCAGCUCUUUAGCCCUGGCAGUUCCCAAGAGCCCCGUCCACAAGACGAUUACCUUCAGGAACAGGAAGUAGUUGAAAUGCAGGGGGUGUAUCAAAGAGAGGAGGAACCAUUGUAGGGAAACUGAGACCUCAGCAAUUUCCCUGGAAUACAGAUGGGUCCCCAGGGAAAGGGAAAUUAAACAUUAUAAAUAUC